AUGAAUACCAACGAUGCCAAGGAGUAUCUCUCAAGAAGAGAGAUACCACAGUUGUUCGAGAGCUUGCUGACAGGCUUAAUGUACUACCGACCGGAUGACCCAAUAGACUACCUGGAAACCUGUCUGAAGAAGGUUAGGGAGUUGGGAGGAACAGACAAAGUGCGAUGGGACACUUUUGUGGGCCAGGAGAAAAAGUCACUGCCACCACUUAAUGGUGGCCAAUCACGGAGAUCGUUUUUCCGUAACGUCUUGCCAGAUAGUCCCAACUUCCCCUACCGGAGGUACGACCGUCUCCCGCCCAUCAACCAGUUCUCCAUAGAGAGCGACUCGGACCUGUCAGAGACUGCAGAGCUCAUUGAGGAGUAUGAAGUGUUUGACCCGUCAAGACCCAGGCCCAAAGUUAUCCUCAUCAUCGGUGGUCCAGGGAGUGGAAAAGGCACACAGAGCCUGAAGAUUGCCGAGCGUUACGGCUUUGAGUACGUCUCCGUCGGGGAGCUGCUCAGGAAGAAGAUGAUUCAUAACGCCACCAGCAACAGGAAAUGGAGCCUCAUCGCCAGGAUCAUCACCAAUGGGGAACUUGCUCCACAGGAAACAACCAUAACUGAGAUCAAGCAGAAGAUUAUGAAGAUCCCAGAUGCAACUGGCAUAGUCAUAGAUGGGUUUCCUCGAGAUGUCGGACAGGCUCUCUCCUUUGAAGAUCAGAUCUGCACUCCAGACCUGGUGGUGUUUCUGGCCUGCGCUAACCACCGUCUGAAGGAACGCCUGGAGAAACGCGCCGCGCAGCAGGGUCGUCCGGACGACAACCCCAAAGCCACCGAACGGCGCCUGACCAACUUCAAACAGAACGCCAUCCCUCUGGUCAAGUACUUCCAGGAGAAAGGUCUCAUUGUCACGCUUGAUGCAGAUCGAGAUGAGGAGGAAGUCUUCUAUGACAUCAGCAUGAUGGUUGACAACAAGUUGUUCCCCUCCAAAGAGCCUGUAGCAGGGCCAAGUGAGCUCGACCUUAGCCUGCUGGCAGACAACACGAGCCUUGCUGAUGUGCCCUCCAAAUUUGAGGAUCAGGGAGAUGAGGACAUGACUGGAUAUGGAGAGGGGACUUCACAGAAUUUUCCUGUGGAAAUGAAGAAACCAAAGAUCAUCUUUGUGAUUGGUGGCCCUGGCUCAGGGAAAGCUCUGCAGUGUGAGAAGAUGGAGGAGAGGUAUGGCCUUAGACACAUCUCUCCCGGAGACAUCCUGUGCAGCGAGCUCCAGUCACACAGCGAACGAGGACGCUUUUUAAGAGACCUGCUGGAGAGAGGAGAGCAGCUUCCUGAGGACACAUUGUCUGAACUACUGUGUGAGUCUAUGGUGUCCACAGUGCGUCACGGAAAAGGUUUUCUGGUGAGCGGUUUCCCACGGGACCUGAGGCAGGCUGAACACUACGAGACCAAGAUGGGGCGGCCCAGUGCGGUGCUGUUGCUGGACUGUUCGGCCGACACCAUGAGCGGUCGUCUGCAGCAGAGAGCCAGUUCCAGCCUGCGGUCUAAGGAGGCCAGAGACAGAGAUAGCCAGAGGAGAGUGGAGAGCUUCUGUAGUACCUGCAAACCAGUGGCCUCACACUAUGAGCAACAAGGAAUCCUUCACAAGAUUGAUGCUGAGCUGCCACCAGAUGAAGUAUUUGAACAGAUCUGCCUGGUUUUGGACUCCUGCUAG